CGAUCUCCAAGCAAGUGCACCAAAAUGUGUAGUUUCAUUGCAAAAAUAAUCCAUCUCGCUUCACCGACUCGAAGUGCAGCACAUCUACAAAGUGUCCGGAAAAUAUGCUCCGGUAUAACCGUCCCCGCAGCACAUCAUAAUGCUUUACAACGCUACGAAGACAAUCUGGAGCUGGAGUUUCAGCAAAUUCUUCGGGAGGAGAAUCGAUCUGUGCUGGACCCGGUGCCGGAUCCGCUUUCGGUAGAAGCUUUUCCAAACACGAAACCUGCUUUCAACUUUGCGGCGUACGUCAACAAAUCGCACACCCUGCAGCAGCUCGUCUCGCUCGGUGUAGAACUACACAAGCUUGAAAAGCGCAAAGGAAUACCCCAGUAUGUCCUUGGGUUGGAUUUCGAGCGUGACAUGAAGAACCACAUUCGGUUCCUCACCGACACCGGCGUACCGGCGGAGAUGCUGGGAGAACUUCUAACAAAAAAUCCACUGAUUUUCAAGGAAGAUCUGAAUGAUUUGCAAACAAGAGUCAACUACCUACAAUCAAAACAGUUCAUGCCAGAAGAAAUUACCCGAAUUGUGACGAAAAACCCAUUCUGGUUGAUGAUCAACACCAAACGUAUCGAUCGGCGACUCGGAUUUUUUCAAAAAACUUUCGUCCUAGCGGGAAACGAGGUUCGAAUGGUGGCGACCAAACAGCCUCGAUUAAUCACCUACAACCUCGAGCACGUGCGUCGCAAUACAUUCACAGUGCAAGAGGAAAUGGGAUUUGGAAAGGAUGAGGUCAAACAAUUGCUGCUCAGUAAACCGAGGAUAUGGAUGAUAAAAACGGAAGCAUUGCAGUACAGAUUCGACUACGUCCACCGAAGGAUGAAAAUUUCGCACGAGGAUAUUCUGAAAACACCCGAUCUGCUGCUCACACGUGAUUUUCGGAUCAAACAAAGACACGGGUUCUUAAAAUUUCUCGGCAAGGUACAAUAUGACCCCAGGAAGGAGCUUUAUAUUCCGCUAAAAUCACUGGCCGAAGGGACCGAUGAGAAGUUUGUUACAGAAAUAGCCAAAUCGAACAUGGAAUGCUUCAAUCGCUUCUUGAAAACACUGUGAACAAUAAAAAUAUAUUUUAGUCUAUGCAGCAUAAUAAACAGAAG